AAAAACAUUAUAAAACUGUCCAAAAAGACAUCAAAAUAAAAAAGACAACACAAAGAAACAACAACAUAUGAACUCUCAAAUCCCAGCCAUACCAAGACAACCAACUCAAUAAUCAAAUCUGCCUCAAAAACACACUAAUCUAUCUUCCUUUACACAGUCUUGUCUCUGUUUCAUCCUCUUCCACAAUCACUUUCACUUUCUCACUUCAAUUGCGGGCGUGCAUUUUUCCUCUUUCCUUUCCACACCCAGUUUCUAAUUCACCUCUUUCUCUUUUUUCACUAUUAUAGUUAAAGCUUUCACCUUUUAGUACCUAGUUAGAUCUGAUGGUGCUGCAAAAUCUUCAAUUUGACCCGGUAACAUUUUUAGACGGAGUCAAGUGAAUGAGAAUAAUGGGGUUCUUUUUGUAAUGUUUUAAAGUGUUGAAGUUGAGAAAGGUUCAAUUUUGAAGUGGUGGUUGUGCAUGUGAGAAUGGAAGGUCGUAUGAAGAAGUAUAGACAAGUGAGUCCAGAGAGGGCUAAAGUUUGGACUGAGAAAUCAUCAAAGUACCACCAGAAUCUUAAGGUACCUGUGGUUUAUUAUCUAUGUCGAAAUAGGCAACUAGAACAUCCUCAUUUCAUGGAGGUUUCACUUUCUUCUUCAGAUGGGUUGUAUUUGAGAGAUGUGAUUGAUAGACUAAAUUCAUUGAGAGGUAGAGGCAUGGCUUCUUUGUAUUCAUGGUCUUGUAAGAGAAGCUACAAGAAUGGAUUUGUGUGGCACGAUCUUUGUGAAGAUGAUCUAAUUCUACCGGCCCAUGGAAACGAGUAUGUCCUCAAAGGCUCAGAGCUUUUUGAUGAAUCCAAUUCAGAUCGAUUCAGUCCCAUUAACGAUGUUAAAAUACAAAGCGUGAAGCUGUUGCCGGGACCAGCUUCUUUUCGGAGUCACGAUGAAGCUUCCUCCUCUUGUAGCAUGAACGGAAAAGAGACAAGACACUCUCAGGAUGACGAACUUUCACAAGAACAACAUACGGGUUCAUCUGAUGUUUCUCCGGAGUCGAGAACUGAAAAGAGCGAUCCCGUAAGCUUAGCGUUGACUGAGUACAAAAUUUUUAAGACGGACGGAUUGGCAGAUGCUUCAACUCAAACAGAAGAAAAUAUUAGCAGAUCCAGAACUCGGAAAACUUGCACAAGAGGUGUAUCAACCGAUGACGGGUCGUUAGAAUCCGAAUGCCAUGAAAUAUGUCAAACCGAAGCUCCACAAGUGAAACAUAAUCUGGAAAUCUGCAAGGAUACUAUUUCUCCUUCAACAACGAAUUCAAGUCCUUUAUCUUUUGGAGGGAAGAUGGAAACUUUGGAAUCUUUGAUUAGAGCUGAUGCUAGUAAAGUGAACAGCUUUCGGAUUCUCGAAGAGGAAGAUAUUCCUAUGCCAACCAAUACAAGAGUGAAGGCUUCAAAUUUGCUGAUGCAGUUGAUCUCUUGUGGCUCAAUUUCGGUGAAAAACCACAGUUUUGGCCUUAUUCCUUCAUAUAAGCCUAGGUUUUCGCAUUCGAAAUUUCCUUCGCCGCUUUUUUCAACUUCUUUUGUGUUAGGAGAAUUCGAUAGCUUAGCAGAGAAUCCGAAGCUGAUGAAUCUUAGAUUGGAAGACAAGGAAUAUUUUAGUGGGAGCUUAAUCGAGACUAAAUUGAAGGAAGCCGAUGCGCAUAAUGUUCUCAAACGCUCUUCUUCUUACAACCAUGAGCGGACAAGUAAAGAAGAAAAACCAAUAGACGACAAAGAGGAACCAUCCCCGGGACACAUAAAAUGCAUUCCGCGGUCCAUUAAAGCUUCACUAACCAAGCAUCCACGAAGCGAAUCCAUGAGAUCCCCUAUUUCUGAUAGACCAAGAACCUCAUCCGACAGAAUUGACGGCUCCUGCAUAUCCUCAAUAUCAUCUAACAGUAACAGCCAAAGAAUCACCGAACCUUGGUCAGCGAAAAAGCAAUCAAAGAGGAUAGAUUCAUUUCGGGAAGACGAGGUGAUCAAAAUCGAGGAAAGGCUUGCUUCGGGAGCUCGGGUUAUAAUCCAAUCUAAACCUUUUCGUGAAACUGCGUCCGGCAGCCGAUAAACGCUUAGUUUUCAUUGUCUAUCAGGUUUAGUUUGAAUGCAAAAUGAUUGUAUAUAAUGAUUCAUGUGAAAGAGAGGUAGUUGUGUAGGUUAGUUCUAAUUGUCCAUUUCUUAUAACUAUAUUAUGCUGGCUAGAAAGGGACUUGAUUUUCAAAGAUGGGGGAAAAGUAAUGGUAGUUUUCAAACCCAUAUCUUGCAAUUGUCACAUUGAUAAUGUAAAAUGCAAUGAUUGUGACAUAAAGUUGACUUUAACAUUGGAUA